AUGGUAUGGACUGCUGGGGGUAGAUGUUGUUUUCACAGGUCAACCACUAGGGAAACAAUGGCAUGGUCUGAAUCUGUGGAUACUGUGCUGGCUAAUAAAGAUGGCUUGGCUGCUUUUAGAGCAUUCCUGAAGUCAGAGUUCAGCGAAGAGAACAUUGAGUUCUGGUUGGCCUGUGAAGACUUCAAAAAAACAAAGUCCUCUGUUAAAAUUGCCUCAAAAGCCCAAAAGAUUUAUUCAGAAUUCAUCGGGGCCGAUGCUCCAAAGGAGAUUAAUAUUGACUUUACUACCAGGGACCACAUCUCACAGAAUAUCUCAGAACCAACCAUCAACUGUUUUGAUGAGGCUCAGAGAUUAAUCUAUAGUCUCAUGGCCAAGGACUCCUUCCCUAGGUUUCUAAAGUCAGAAAGUUAUAAGGAACUAGUAAAUAAACAGCAACAGAAUAGAAACCAGAAAAGAUGGCUCCCAUUUUUGUGA